AAAAGUGCCGAAGUCAUGAAGCUUGUCAACAAUCUUAUGAAAGCUCCACAAAUGGCUGUUACCAUGCAAGAAUUCAGCAAGGAAAUGACUAAGAUAUGGGAUCAGCUGCUGUCCCGAUUUGUUACUUUGGUGAAUUUGAAAAUAAUGAAAAUGAUCGAUGGGUGUGGAAAUGGACGAGUGAAAGACAUGGUUGUACUGCAAUUGUAAUAACAUCAAGUACGUCAUAUGCAAAAAUGUACAAUGAGAUAUAGAACUUGCUGAAAGUCGAUCCCUCUGAGUACGCCAUGGAAUUGGGAAUUUUUAAUGGAUGAGCAUACAUUCAAUUCAAUUCCACCUAUAAUAGUUACUUCUGAAGUUGAAAUGAAGGUUUUAAUUGAAAUGAACCAGAAACGUGUGAUUUCUAUUUGCUUGACUUUGAUGAAAAAGAAUAUCCCCGAGAGUGAACACGAAUAUUUUGAUAGAAGGGAUCGUAAUGUGAAUGAGUUUUGGGACACAGUAGAAAUAGUGCGUGAUGAUGUUGUAGCUGUUCCAGAGACAGUUGCUUCUCACCAUGAUCUCACUGUUACACAUAGAAUUUACUCGGUAGUCCAAGACAACGAAAGAGAUAAUGAUUUUACAAAUGAGAAUUUUAUUGCUUUAUCUCGUUUGAGACAUGAGUCGAGUGGGAGCUCACAGGCUGGACUGAGUGCACGGUCAUCUAAUUGUUCGCGUAUAGUUCUUAAUGAUGAAGAUUUGUAUGUCUAGCAAUUGUUUCACACGAAAAAAGAUUUGCAGGAAGCUAUUCACCGGAUUGCUUUGAAACACAAUUUUGAGUUUAAAGUGAAAAAAUCAAACAAGUCGACUUACACAAUUGUCUACGUUGACGACAUUUGCUGUUGGUGUUUGCGAGCAACGAAAAUGGACACGAAUGAGUUCUUUGUGGUUCGUAAGUAUGCACAGAAACAUACUUGCGGAGUAAGUAUUCGUCGAAAUGAUCACAGGUAAGCCCGAUCAUGGUUCAUUGGUCGAGAAGUAAUGCACAAGUUUCAAGACCCACGAAUAAUCUACAGACUUUCAGACAUUUUUAAUGAGGUUCGUCGAGAAUACGGGGUGGUCAUGAGCUAUCAGAAGGCUUGGAAGGCCAAAGAAUGCACGUUGGAGGAUUUGAUGGGUUCGACGGAGGAGAGUUAUGCUAAAUUGGUUAGGUUUUGCUAUAACAUGGGAAGAAUUAAUAGUGGAUCGGUAUUUUUUAUUAAGAAGGAUGACGAGAAUCGCUUCAAGUAUUUAUUUAUGGCCCUUGGACAAUGCGUUCGAGGAUUUCGAAACGCAGUGCGACCCUUAAUCCUAGUCGACGAUACAACCCUCAAGGCGAAAUACGGGGGCAAGUUGAUUAUUGCAACAUGUCAAGAUGCUAACAUCCAAAUUUACCAUCUUGCAUUCGGCAUAGUUGACGGAGAAAAUGAUUUGGCAAUGCGUUGGUUUUUCAUGAAGUUGAGGGAAGUAAUUGGGGAUGUCGAGAACCUUGCAUUCGUAACCGACCGAGGCAGUCAAUAAUUAAUGGUAUCGUCGAAGUCUUUCCUGAGACACAUCAUGGUUAUUGUAUGUACCAUGUACAAGGAAAUCUGAAGACCAAGUAUCAAGGAAAGAGCAUCGUUACGUUGUUUAGGAGAGCUGCAGAGGCUUAUAGUUUUCAAGGGUUUGAAAAAUUUAUGGUUGAAAUAGAAAAUAAAUCUUAUGAUACAUGGGAGUAUCUGACAGAGAUGUGGAUCGAACAUUAGGCACGAUCACAUUUUUCAGGACGUCGAUACAACAUGAGGACAUCGAACAAUGCGGAAUCGCUCAAUGCCUUAUUUAAGAAGGAUCGAGAGUUACCAAUUCUCGCAAUGCUUGAGAACAUACGUGACAAGCUGCAACAGUAGUUUCAUGAUCGUCGUGAGGAAUUAGAGAGUUGCACAAGUGUGCUAACCUCGGGUCAGGAAGAUAAACUCUUCAAGACUCUAAAGGUGGCAAGGAAGGUACAUAUAGAACCCCUAAAUCAGUUUCGCUUCUCCGCGAGAUGUGCACGUAAUUUCGGAUACAUCGUCGACUUGAAUGAUAACACGUGCACAUGUAGACAGUUUCAGUUAGAGAGUUUUCCGUGUACACAUGCAGUGACGGUGGCUAUGUACAGAAGAAUUUCACCACACACCUUAUACAGUGCUUACACGACUGGUUCUUGGAGAGCAGCAUAUGCCGAAACCAUAUUUCCUAUACCGAAUGAAGUCGAGUGGGAAGUUCCUAAUCACAUUCUCUCAUUGAAUAACUUGUUACCACCAGCAGUCGACCCACAUACUCCUGAAGGUACACGUACGCCUAGAAUACCAUCGAUCGAAGGAUUUCCCCGACCUCGUUAGUGCGACAGGUGCAGUGUAACUGGACAUACUAGAAGAUUUUGUACAAGUCAGAUCUCUCUGCAUGACAACGUA